AUGGGAGGGGUGAAUGUAGCAUUCAAAGAGCCGAUACACAAGAUUUUAGACCGGAUUAAGAACGAACCGUUCUUCAGAUGGCCGAACAAGAUAGGGGGCGACCCGUCUCGGAGGAAUCAAAACUUGUAUUGCACAUACCACAAGGAUAAAGGGCACACCACCGAGCAGUACCAGGUAUUAAAAGAUCAUCUGGGGCAACUAGUGAAGGUAGGAUAUUUGAAAGAGUUCAUAGUGGAUUUUGGAAACCGGGAUGCCGGUCAUGGCGCUCAGCAAAAAAGGAACCCUCUUCCGCCACCAUUGGGGGUGAUCGAGGUCAUCCAUGCUGCUUCGAGGGGUGCGACUGUAAACAGAAGAGGAGUAUUGACAGUGGCACCCAAAGAAACUUGCACAAAGAAACAAUCACCCGAAAAGAGGAUGAAAGUUGGCCGGCUGGCAAUCUCUUUUGACGAGGAAGAUCUGGAGGGAACAAUUCAACUGCAUGAUGAUGCGUUGGUAGUAACAGCGCGGAUAAGCGACUUCUUAGUGAAAAGGGUGAUGAUAGACCAAGGAAGUGGAGCCGACGUAAUGUACCUAGAUCUAUUCGAUGGGCUUGGAUUAAAAAAUCAGGACUUGACGAAGUAUGAUACGCCAUUAGUCUCAUUUGAUGGAAGAGUUGUGAUUCCCGAAAGUCAAAUUUCCCUUCCGGUAAAUAUGGAGGGCAAGGAAGUGAUGGUCACCUUCAUAGUAGUAAGAUCAUUCUCCCCAUACACGGCAAUCCUGGAAAGGCCGUGGAUUCAUGCAAUGAGGGCUGUUUUGUCCACCUUGCAUAUGAAGGUUAAAUUUCCUACCGAGCAUGGAGUUGUCGUAGUACGAGGGAACUAG